GUCGUCGGUUCUGCCUUCUGUGCCCUAGACCCAAAAUCCCCAAAUCCUCCGUUCCUUCACAAGGCGAUUCCUCUCCUCAGAUGCGACUACGAGCUCAAGGAUAGCAACUCUUCACCAGAUUUUUCGUAUCUCCGGUGUCUACUACGACGACUCCACCAAGAAAAUGAAUGUGCAAGGUUCUAGCAAUGGGGUUGAACCUGAUGAUAACACCCCUCUCUGGAAAUAUGUUAAAAAGUUUGAUAAGGUUGGGGGAGGAGGGGGAAAUAUAAAAUUUCAAUGCAAUUAUUGUCAAGGGAAUUUUAAGGGAUCAUACUAUAGGGUGAAAACGCAUUUGCUAAAAAUCUCGGGACAUGGCAGUCAAGCAUGUAAAAAAGUGACUAAUGAUCAUAUAGCUGAAAUGCAAAGGUUAGUUAAUGAAGCUGAAAUAAGAAUUAAGAGAAAGAUGCCAAAACAGGUUCCUUUGCCACCUUCCACAAAGUCAAGCAAAGUUGGAUCUUCAUCAAGUGCAAAUGUAAGCACGGGAGGUGAGCCAUUUAUGCUUGAUGUUUUUGAACCAAGAAAGAGGAAAACUAGUUCGGUGAUUGAAAAAGCAUUUAAUCUUGGAGCUCGUGAUGAAUUGUAUAGUGAAAUUGCAAGAAUGUUUUACUCGGCCGAUUUGCCUUUUCACCUUGCAAGGAACCCACACUAUGUUGCUUCCUACACUUGUGCCUCUAAUAAUGGUAUUAAUGGCUAUAUUCCUCCCGGUUACAACUUGUUGAGGACUACUCUUCUUCAAACUGAGAAAGCAAACAUAGAGAGGUUGAUGAUUCCAAUUAAGAUUCUUGGAAGGAAAAUGGCGUUACUAUUGUUUGUGAUAGAUGGACGGAUCCACAAAGGAGGCCAAUCAUCAAUUUUAUGGCUCUGAGUGUAAAUAGUCCUAUGUUCUUGAAAGCGGUAAAUUGUGAAGGUGAAUUCAAAGAUAAAUUUUUCAUCUCGGAGUUGAUCAAGGAGACCAUUCAAGAGGUUGGACCCGAUAAUGUGGUCCCGAUAAUGCUCCUAUUUGUAGGAGUGCAGGAUUGCUUGUUGAAGUCCAAUUUCCAAAAGUAUUUUGGACUCCUCGUGUGGUUCAUACCCUCAACCUUACUUUGAAAAAUAUUUGUGCGGCCAAAAAUACCGAUGCCAAUGAAGUUGUUUUUCUAGAAUGCCAUUGGAUUACAACUAUUGUCGAUGAUUGUAUGUUUAUUAAAAUUUUUAUAAUGAAUCAUUCCAUGAGAUUGCCAAUGUUUCUUGAAAAUGUGAAAUUAACCAUGCUUUCUAUUGCGGAUACACGUUUUGCUUCAAUGAUUGUGAUGCUAAGAAGAUUUAAGCAAAUAAAACGUGGUCUCCAAGACAUGGUGAUGAGUGAUUUUUGGACAUCUUAUAGGGAAGAUAAUGUUCAAAGGGCCUUAACUGUCAAGACAAAAAUAGUAAGUGAUGAUUGGUGGCGAGAUAUUGAUUACAUAUUUAACUUUACUGAGCCAAUCUAUGAUAUGCUUAGGAGGGCCGAUACAGAUGUUCCUUGUCUUCACUUGGUGUAUGAGAUGUGGGACUCCAUGAUAGCUAAAGUGAAGGCCGCUAUUUAUCAUCAUGAAAGAAAGCAAGAGCAUGAGGAGUCUCCAUUCUUUUUGGUGGUGCGCGAAAUAUUAAGUGCUAGAUGGAGUAAGAGCAACACACCCCUUCAUUGCUUAGCACAUUCCUUGAAUCCAAGGUUUUAUAGCACACAAUGGCUUCAAGAGGCUCCCAAUCGUGUUCCUCCACAUAGAGAUCAAGAGAUUUCAAGUUUAAGAGAAAAAUGCUUCCAAAGGUACUUUACUAAUGAUGUGGAGAGAAGGAAGGUUAAAGAAGAGUAUGCUUGUUUUUCGGCGGGUUUUAGAGAGUUUGGAUCGGUUGAUUCCUUGAAUGAUAGAGGACUUAUGGAGCCAGCAAUUUGGUGGGUUUCUUAUGGAGCUUCAACACCCCUCAUCCAAUCUUUGGCUUUGAAGGUACUUGGACAUCCUUGUUCCUCCUCAUGUUGUGAGAGGAAUUGGAGUACAUAUUCUUUUAUCCAAUCUUUGAAGAGGAACAAGAUAGCACCACAAAGAGCCGAAGAUUUGGUAUUUGUACAUUCCAAUCUUUUUCUUCUAUCAAGGAGAACUCCACAAUAUAACGUGGGUGAAACUAAGAUGUGGGAUGUUGGGGGAGAUGCAUUUGAUUCCUUAGAAGGCAGUGGAAAACUUGAGAUUGCAAAUCUUUCACUUGAUGAACCGGACUUGGAGGCCAUGAUAUUUACCGAUGAGGGAGAUGGAAAUGACGAUGAGUUUCUAGAAGAUCCAACUCAAUGAAGAGGAUUAUAGAGUUCCUUUUUCUUUUUUGGGCUCACUGUUAUCAAUUAAUCACUGUUCAGUUUUUUUUUGUUUUUUUGAUAACUAAACUGUUUAGUUAUUAUUUGUACGAAUCUUAUGUGAUCAGUGGCCAAUGAUGAAAGAUGCAUAUAUUAUAGAUUUUUAGUUAUUGAA